GUUUGAAGUCAUAUUAUCGAUUCCGCCCGACUCACUCGCGAGUUUCCUGGUCGACAGCCACAUGGCCCAGGAGCCAUCCGAGAGAGCCUGCGAUAGAUGCAGAGAGCGUCGUGUGAAGUGUGACAAAACGCAACCAACAUGUCUCCGUUGCGAGAAGCUAGGCAAGCCAUGUCCCGGAUACGACAAGAAGCGGAAGUUCGUCGAUGAGGGUGCCUCGUUGAGGAAGAAGUAUCAAAGUUCGGCGGCUGACGACAGUGUUGUCGCUGCUUCUCCUCGACCACUCCAGACGACUGUUCGGGCGAGCAGCAGUGCUGCAGUCCAGCCUCAACCUAGUAUCACUUCUCCCGCGGUAGGACUCGCUGUUCCAGUGGCUGUGCCAGCAUUCACUUCACCCGCUCUGCCUCUGCCUCCGCCUUCUUCUUCUCCUUCUUCUACACUGCUCCCUAGCUUUGAAGCCUUGAACAACUCCUUGGCGGUGCCACGGACUGAAAUCGGCAAUAUUUCCCCUUCUCUUGUUUGGCCGGGCUCGGCUUUGGAUCCGCCUGUACAAAUACCGCUCACGAAUGAUGAUUUGAUGCUGGAUGAAGUAUGGAAGAAUGAAAACUUCGAUCCCGAAUACUUCGACUUACAACCUGACGCCUACUAUUCCGCCGCGGGAAACACGUGUGGCUUUCUGCCGAAUAUUCCUGAAAUUGUCGACGAAGUAGAUCAGAGUGAUAUUCUGUUGGCCAGCAACUCCGCUUCUGCUACCCCUCUUUCCACUGCCAUCUUCUCGGGAUCCUUUUCAGACAGCAACCUGGGCGCGCCAGAAUCACAAUUGAACACGAGUGCGCUCAUCACCAGUGAACGCGAUCAUGAGAUGGCUUAUCUGAUUCGACACUUUACCGAAUCAUUAGGUCCUUGGAUGGAUUUGUUCGAUCGGGACAAGCACUUUACACAUCUGGUCCCCUUGAAAGCUCUCCGUGAUGCACUAUUACGAAAUGCCAUUGCCGCCGUAGCAGCCAAACAGCUCGGACGAGUCAAAGGCAGGAAGCCCUUUACAGGCCGACAAUACCAGAAACCUUCAGCCAUGGAAGUCCUCGAUGACACUCCCGCCCAAGUGGACUGGUUCUACAAAGCCGCCAACUACUACGACAAAGCCAUAGCCUUCUCGCGACAAUACCUUCAAGCUGUCUCGGGAGAAUUAAGUGAUGUUCACAGCCCCAACACGCAGCACGCAGCAGCAGCAGUAUCCUUGGCCAAUUCGGAUGAUCUUGUAGUCGCGGUGUCGAUUUUCUCGUUGUAUGAAUCUCUGGACAACCUCGAAACCGGCGGCUGGCUCCAACAUCUGGCGGGCCUCAAAUCCCUUUUGGGCGCCGUCAGUCCCUCCCAACAGGUGCAGAAUCAAGUCUCGCCCUCGCUCACCGUGGGACGGUUAGCCUCAUUCUGGAAUUUUGCUCGAGCAGACUAUCAGGCUGCAUAUACCAACAAACAACGGACUCUGCUCGAUACCGAGGACGUGGCACUUUGGAAUAGUUGCGGACUGGAAAUACAAGAAGACGGAAGCAUUUACAAAUCUUCCGAAGUCGUCAAAAAUGAAUCUCCUCAUCAUUCCCGCGUUCUCGCCGACGAAUUAGUCGCCCAUACCCUCCUCUGGCUAGUCCUACGCGUAAUGAACUACCUCGCCAGCGACGAAACCAACUCGACCGCUCGUCAAUCGCAGUGGGAUCUCCUAGUGCGACAGCUCGAUCACUGGUAUGGCAACCUUCCAGAUACCUUCCAACCCUGCGCUCAAAUCCGACAUCCUACCGCAUCGGGCCGAACACAUCAUCAACAACAACGCUCACAGCUAUUCGAAGUCUUCUUCAGCAUCGACAUCUGCGCCGCAGCGAUCCAAUUAUAUCAUUUUGCACGAAUCCUUCUCCUACUCCAUCGCCCCCUAACGGCAUCCACUACCACCACCACCGCCACCAGCGACAACAACAACAACAACAUCACAAUCCCCCGCAACCGCCUGCAAGCCUACCGACAAGUCUCCACAGAAUCGAUCCGCCACGCCCACGAAAUCAUCGGAAUCGCCCUGGGAAGACCUCAGCCCGCGAUUCGCGUGGAAAUGUUACUUCCGCUGUCGAUUGCGGGGGCUUGUUUGGAAGAGCACGAUGAACGCGAGGUGGUUUUGGAUUUGUUGCACGCUAUUGAGCUGGAUACGGGGUGUGCGACGGCGGCGAGAUGUGAGGAGUUGAGGAGGGAAUGGGGGUGGGGGGAUGAACCGUUGGGGAUUGCGUGA